AUGGCGCUCAUCACCGCCCAGCAGUACAUCCAGGCGUUCGUCGUCGUCAUGGCCGUCUACGCCGCGCAGAUGCUCCUGGUUCCCGCGAAGAUGGUAACGGAUCAUUUCAAAGCCCCGGCGACGCCGAUGGUGCAGUUCUGGAUCCGCGGCGCGUCCGUCGCCUGGGGCGGGCUCGCGUACUGCGUCUACACGAUGCCCACCGCCGCCGCGCUCCCGGUCGCGACCGCGGCGAGCGUCGCGUGCAACGUCCUCUACCCGAUGAACGCGAAGUUUGGGCUCAUCGGCGCGAAGAAGCUCCCCGUGAAGUACCCGAUGCACUACGUACGUCACGUUACCUUUCAGCGCGUCGUCGAAUCCGAAUCGAUCGAUCGUCCACGCUUCGCUUUCCGUCGCCGCGCCGCGGCGGCGACGUCGCCGCGGUGGCUUCACGGGGUCCGCCGAGCGCGCGCGGACUCCUCCGUGACGCGUAAUUCAAUUGAGUAA